AUGGCGGUACCUCUCUUCAACCUCGCCCCCAAUCUUACCGACUCUGAGUCUGAUUCUUUGGUCCUCCCUCUCAUCCUCAAAUAUAAAUUCAUUCUUCGCUGGGACGAUGACUUUCGGCGAGCAAAACACAUUUCCGGCCUCGACCAAGCCUUUCAGGCCGGCAUCUCUGCAGAAAUGUAUCCAGUGGUUACGGGACCGUCUGGGCAGAUGACUUGGAUACGAGAUGGCCCCAAGUGUUUGAAUGCUAAGAAUAUCACCGAGGCCAUUGACGGCAGCUAUGUUCCCAUGUUUGGAGAAAUUGAGUAUGAUCCAACCCGACAGUUCUGUUCGAUUCCUAUAGACGAACAACUUGAUGCUCUUGGAAGAGCUGUUUAUUCUGGUAAGAUUAAAUAUGUUGGUCUCAGUAACGAAACACCAUAUGGGGUGAUGAAGUUUGUUCAGGUAGCUGAAAGGAGCACUCGCCAUCCAAAGAUUGUCUCUGGAACUCAUACAGCUUGCUCUGUCAAACUUUUGAUUCUGGGUUGGCUGAAUGCUGUCAUCAUGAGAGGGAAAGCUUGCUUGAUUUGUGCAUGCCAAUUUCUUGAUGAAGUUGAAGUUAUGUUACUUUUCCUAUCCUGUCCUGAGCAGAUCAGUUUAUUAGCCUACAGCCCCCUUGCAAUGGGUAUACUCUCUGGGAAGUAUUUUUUGCCUGAUGGGCGUCCUGCAGAUGCUCGGUUGAAUCUUUUUAGAGGGAAAUAUUCGGAAGGGGAACCCAGAUACAACCUGUCUGAUCACAUCAUAAGAGCAGCAGCCAUGGUGCGGAUAUUCUUCUGUUCACUUUGA